AUGCAGGAGCUCAGGGCCGAGGUGAGGGCUGAAUUCCAGAUGCUCUACCAGGAGCAGUUUCAGAGCAUGCGCCCGAUGCAGUCUCCUAUAGAGGAACAUGUGGUCCCUCCCCCUCCCACAGGGAGAAGCGGCAAAGGAAGUUGUUCCGCAUCAGCCAUCCCAGAGGAUGACAUGGACGAUGGUAGUCCAUGUCUGCUAUACAUUUUAGAAGAAGAUGAGAUGGUGCUGGUAGCUCGUGGAACAGAGUUUAGGUCAGCGACUGUAUGUCAUGGUAUGCAACUAUUAGAGGAUGAGGUGAAGGUAUCAGUGGAUGAAAUGAUCAUGCCAGAUGCCUCGGUUCCACUGUCCACGGAAGAGAUUUUCACUGUGGAACAAGCAUAUAAGUCGUUUAUCACUUGGCCUAAAUUUUUGGUUAAACCAGUUUCUGACCCCUCGACGCAGGAACAACAGAAGAUUCCUCUAUCUGAGGAUGACCCUCUUUCUUCAUUGCAUCUACUUGCUGACAUCCUUGAUGAUAAGCCUUUGGAGGUUCAGUAUGAUGCUAAUGUAUUUGGGCAUGGCUCUGAGGUCCCAAUAUACCUUAAUAGCCAAGAUGUCCGUGAGCUUGCGUCGGGAACACAAGAGUUGAAUAUUUCAAUUAUUCAACUAUGGACGAUGUAUAUGUCUGGGGUCACUAAUAAGUUGGGGCGUUCUGAUGAUUAUGGAUUCAUUGAUCCCCAAGACAUUCAUGAAUCAAAUGAUUUUGAUCAUAUCAACAUGAGAAUGAUAAGCAGUUUUCGAAGGGGCAAGAAAAUAUACUUUUUGCCUUAUAUAUCCGGGCGCCAUUGGCAACUUCUUGUUAUGUCUGUGCAAGACAACUAUGCUUUGUGGUUCUGCUCAUUGCACAGGCCUCCUCCCACACAACUCAGACAAGCAAUUGAUUGGUAA